UUCUUUACUUUACUUUACUGAGUUCCCUUCAUUUCUCUUCCCGCUCUCGCGCGCGAUCUCCUUCUUUCUCUUAUCGAUCGGAUUCCCUUCAAUUUUACAACAAUACUUUCAUUCAAUAAUCUCUGUUUCUUUUAUUUUGUUUCCGAAUCGAAAUUAUCUGAAUUUACUUUCAUUCUAUUUUUGCAGGUAGGUUAACAUCGAUGACACCAUUCCCUCUUCUACAACGCUUCCUUCAUCUCGACGAUGAUAACAACUCUCGCUGGCAUCAAAACAUCGACCGGUUCAUCCCGAAUCGAUCAGCUAUCGAUUGGGAUCACGCCACCACCAUCCUAUCAACAACUACGACCAAUGUUACAAAGGAGAAUUUGUGGCUCGCUUCAAACGUUUACCAGAAGAAACUUGCCGAAGCUGCUGACCUGCCAACACGAAUUUUAGCUUUCCGCAAUAAACCUCGAAAACGCAAUGUUAUUUCCCCUCCUCCUCCUCCCCGGUCCAAACCUAUGCGAUAUAUUCCUAAGACUUGUGAGGGUACUUUCGAUCUUCCUGAUCUCUCGGACGAUUUCUCCUUGAAUUUGUUAGAUUGGGGCUCACGUAAUGUCCUUAGCAUCGCACUUGAUCAUACCAUUUAUUUUUGGAAUGCCUCGGAUAGUUCCGGGUCUGAAUUUGUCACUGUCGAUGAAGAAGAGGGUCCGGUCACAAGUGUGUGUUGGGCUCCAGAUGGACGCCAUUUAGCCGUUGGAUUGACGAAUUCACAUGUUCAGCUCUGGGAUACCGCUGCUAACAAACAGCUAAGGACAUUAAAGGGCGGACACAGAGCAAGAGUGGGCUCAUUGGCUUGGAACGGUCAUGUUCUCACAACAGGGGGUAUGGAUGGUAAGAUUGUAAACAAUGAUGUUAGAUUGAGAUCUCAGAUCAUCAACACAUACAGGGGACACCGACGUGAGGUUUGCGGGCUCAAAUGGUCACUCGAUGGAAAACAACUGGCAAGUGGGGGUAACGAUAAUGUCGUUCACAUAUGGGAUAUGUCUGCUGUUUCUUCAAAUUCACCUACCCGUUGGCUUUAUAGGUUUGAUGAACACAAAGCUGCUGUGAAGGCACUGGCUUGGUGUCCUUUUCAGGGUAAUCUAUUGGCUUCUGGUGGAGGCGGAGGUGAUUGUUGCGUAAAGCUAUGGAACACGGGCAUGGGUGAACGCAUGAAUUCUGUUGAUACGGGAUCGCAGGUAUGUGCUUUGCUCUGGAGCAAAAAUGAGCGCGAGCUUCUUAGCUCACAUGGUUUGACUCAGAACCAGCUUACCCUUUGGAAGUAUCCUUCAAUGUUGAAGAUUGCCGAGCUUCAUGGUCACACCUCGAGGGUGCUGCACAUGACACAGAGUCCAGAUGGGUCUACUGUGGCAUCUGCAGCCGCAGCCGCAGACCAGACCCUGAGAUUUUGGGAAGUCUUUGGAACCCCCCCAGCAGCACCACCAAAGAGAAAUAAGAUGCCCUUUGCUGAUUCCAACCGUAUCCGUUGAAGUUGAAUAGAUUGUUCCAUUAUUCGUUUUCCCCACUGCCACCGCACGUUUGUGGGUGUUUCACCGUGAAAAUAGAGAAGCUACUAUUUGUAGCUUUACUGUAGACGCUCUUUUACUUUGUUGCCACCGCCAAAACAAACACUCACGAAGUCUCUCUUUUUGGUAGUCUUACCCUUAGAGUGUGUUUGGUACCCUUAGGUUUUUUGAUAGUUCUACCAUACCCUUAGUUUUUGUAGGUGCACAAAUGUAUAGAUACAUACCAAUUUUUUUACGGGAAGAUACAUGCAAUUGGUUAUAUAAGCAAAUGCUUAUAUAAUCUGAGUAAGUUAGCAGUUGGUGAGGUCUGGUUGUGCGCUGUUGCUUGUUAAUUGUCGCGAGGUUUGUUGUUUGUUGUUCGGUUUUGCUUACUGAAGUGAGGGGUGGAAGGUGUGGCACCUUUGUGAUUUGUGUUUUGUUUUACUCUGGCUCCUGCAAGGGUCAUGGUUUACACUCGGUGUCUUCCUGCAUAAAGGCAUGUAUGGUGUCUUCCUGCGUAAAGGUAUAUUGGUGGUAACUUGCUUGGUGUUGGGUUGCAUCUUAUUUUUGGUCCUAUUCCGUCUUGGUUCUUCUAUGCUUUUGUUGGCCUGGCCUGGUGGUAAACUUGGUCUCGUUUCGGAACCAGUUCCACUUCAGGGUUUGGAGGUUAGUCCAUAUUUUUAGGGGCGCUCUGGUUGUGCUUUUGGGUUUUUUCUGGGCCCUUGUUAGCUUCAGUUAUGGUUGCUGAUGUGUUGUUAUUGCUUUUGGUCACUGGUUUGCAGUUUUGAAGGACAUUUUCCCGGUUUUAGUUUUAACUUUGUACUUGUAUAGUUGGAGUUGGGGGCUAUUUGUUGUGGGAGCAGGUUUAGUGUAGUUUUGGCUUCAUCUGUUUCUGUUUUUCUAGAGUAUGCUGCUGCUGUGUUUAGCCUCUGAACGUUAACUAGCGGGGUAUUAGCGUUUAUCAUGUUUGUGAACUUUAUCCGCAUCUUCAAGUCCAAGGUCAUAGCCAUGUCCGUAACCUCAUCAGUCGACUAUAUUUCAGACAUUAAGCCAACUACCAUGUUCGUCUCCGUCAAAUGGUCAAACGAUGCUCCUUCAAGGAGACAGUGCACGUUUACAAUCACUGCUGCAAGAGUUCUCGUACACCUUGAUUAUCUGGGCACUGAAUUUUACUUUGGAAUUAACUUGGCACAGUAAAAAAUGGAAAUUUUGUAAUCUGUGUGCAACUGCAACUCAUUUGUUAAUUCGGUGUUUUGAAUUGCCUUCAUUGUCAUAUGUCCAAAUUCUCUUUUGCUUACUCUGUUACUGGUUGUUUCUUUGUUCAUUGUUUCGUUAAAUUCAACCAAAAGCACGCCUUGUUGGGAUGUUCAUUGAGCUUUAAAAUUAGUCGUGUCAGUGAAGGUUUUUGCAGUACUUUUAGCUAAGUAUAUUUAUUUUAAUACUUGUUUGCCACUCCCACAUGUAGUAAUUAAUGUCAAGCAUGAAAGCAUAAAAGCUGAGAGAGAUUGAUUGUUUUCUUUGUAGUUAUUGGACUUACUUUCUGGCUAUGGUGGUGGGAGCUGUGGUGAAGUGUGUUUCCUUAGACCAAUGAUUAGUUCAACUGAAAAUUCGACCGACCAUGGAGUUGUUCCAUUGAGAAGAUGGGAACUGAACAAUGUUAUUUGUCUGAAAAAACAGCUCAGGUUGGCUCUGAGUGUUGUUUAGACAACGAACAAAGAAUGCUUGGUACCGUGUUGACCAAUUCUGGUAUUGAUGAAAAUUCAAAUUAAGUUUCUGUGAAUAUGAUGGGAAAUUUUGUUAUUCAACUGCCUGAACUACCUCAUCCUUUCUAAGAAAUUCUUGCCAGACUUUAGAAGGUUCAUGUAUUCAACAAAGUACCUCUGAACAACUCCCUGUUUUUCGAUCUGACUAUAAAUCAGAAAACAGAUGUCCUCAACAUGUUCAAAAUGAACCUGGAGAAAUGAGUGAUGCAGUAACUGGCCUUGUUGCUGAAGAGCAGACACAAUCUGUUCCUGCUCAAGUAACUCAAACUCGGUGAAUGAGCUAUUGGAUCCACCUUCUGGCGAAAAGUAUUAGUUUCUCAAAACAAACCUGGUGAAAUGUUUGAUGCAGUAACUGGCCUUGUUGAAGACCAAACGCAAUCUGUUCCUGCUCAAGUGAACACAGAUUCUGUGAACUAGCCUUCCGGAGAUGUUGUGAAAAAUAUUAGUUCUGAUUGUUCAGAAAGGAAGUCCUCAGGUCAUUUGCGAGUGAAACAUGGGGAUAAAAAAAGAUCGAAAUUAUAGAAGUAUAUAUUAAGGUUGCUGGGGAGCAGUGACAGAGCUCUGCGGUCAAGAGAUAAUAAACCUAAACCUCCUGAACCAAUUAAUAAUGUUGCCGAGACAAUAGAAAGGAAGAAGAAAAAGACAAGAAAUGAGGGAAUUAAUGCUCAAUUUUCUAGAAUCAGAGCUCAAUUGAGAUAUUAUUUGAACCGAAUAAGCUACGAGCAAAGCUUGAUUGAUGCUUAUUGUGGUUAGGGCUUGUAAGGAUCCAGGUGUGUUAAUUGUACCGUUACCUUGUGAUUUGGUUAGCUUGUAAUCUAUAUUUGGAUUUGCAUCCCUGAUUUAUGUUUGACCUUAGCUCAUAUACAUGAUGAUGAUAAUAAUAAUAUCAGUUCUAUUGGUUAA